GAUAGUCGAGUCAUUGUUUUGUUUUCGGUAUAGCUCACUUGUUUUUGAAUUGAACUCUUUGACUAUGGGAGCGAUUGGACUCGCAUACGGGUUCAUAAACAUGUUGAUUGUUUUCCAAUGUACCGUUCUUUCAUUUACUUAUAAUCAUAAAUAAGUUACGGUACUAGUAACUACUUAAGGAAGGAAUUUGUGAAGCUAGAGAUUGGAAGAGAGGGUCCCGUACCGGUACCGUACCGUAAUUCCUUAAUUACUGGAUCGCUCGAGUAAUUCAGUAAUCAUUAGAAACAACCGGCAUCGCUUCAAUUCUGUAAUAAUCACUUACUGACUUAGCGGACAGUUUGACAGUGGUGACACAAUUAUUCAGUACAGCAGCAGCAGUUGCUGUUUUUGUUAGAUUGCUUUCAAAGUACUGCCCGAUUGUAAAUCGCGUUUUUCUGUGUUUGUUUUAUUUUCUUUUGGUGGGCGGGCACGUACAUGUACGCUUUUUAACUUUUUUUAAGUUAGGCCUAUCCCGUCACCCAGGUAUCUCUGUAUUUUGUUUGUCUGUUAACUUUUUGUAUUGUUUAUGUCAGAGAACCAAAAUAAAUGAUUGAUUGACUUGAUUGAACAGGGACGUAAGACGGUGUAAAUAAGUAUGGCUGCCACUAAUCAACCAUAUGCAGUUGAUUUUUCAUGGAAAGGAUGUCAAGAAUUUCCUGAUUUUACAGUCACAUGUCCGAGAUGUUCUUCAGUUGAAUCAGACUCACAAAAAAAUGAGAAAAGCAAAACCUCAUUUUGUAGAUGGAAUUCUUCGUCUAUUACCUCUGUCACAUCAUUGGAUAUUUCACAUAAUUUGAUACAUAGGAUUGACCCUUCUCGAUUUGUGGGACUCGCAAAUCUUAAAGAGUUGAAUUUGAGUAGUAAUAGAUUGAGACAGCUUCCAGAGGAAAUAUGCUUUCUGACAAACCUGAGUGAGUUGUACGCGACGAAUAAUGCUUUGGGUACUCUGCCGAAGAAUGUGAAAUAUCUUAAAAAAUUGGUGCAUUUGAAUUUAAGUGGUAACGCAUUUAAUGACAUCCCUCCAUCGAGUCUUGAAAUAUAUUCUCUCAAAAUUUUGCAACUUGGCGGAAACAACAUUAAAGAAGUUCCUGCAUCUAUUACUAACUUACAAAGUCUAGAAGUUCUGUACUUGGGAGGAAACCAUAUUCAAAAUAUUCCUGCUGAAGUGGGUGAAAUGAAAAGUCUUUCGAGUUUGACGUUGUGUGAUAAUAAAUUAUCUUCGAUACCUACAGAACUUGUGAAAUUACGAAAUCUUCAGUCGUUGAGUUUGCACAACAAUCGUCUCACUUAUCUUCCACGUGAAAUAUUACAACUCGUUAAUCUUGUGGAAUUGAGUCUUCGUGGAAACCCGAUGGUUAUGAGAUUCGUACAAGAGUUAUCAUGUGAUCCUCCUUCGCUCGUAGAACUCGCUAGUAGAACAAUUAAAGCCUUCAAGCUUGAUUAUAUUGAUUUGCCAAAAACACUUGUGAACCACCUUAAUUCUGCCAAGAAAUGCCCGAAUCCUCAAUGUUCCGGAGUUUAUUUUAAUCAAAAAUAUCACCAGAUUAAAUUUGUGGAUUUUUGUGGAAAAUAUCGUCUCCCUCUCAUGCAAUAUCUCUGUUCACCAGAAUGCAUCUCGUAUUCAUCAUGUUCUUCAACAGCUAGUUCAGAAACAGAAAGUGAAGAAGAAUUAGAGAACGGGGAAAGAAUGAGAAGAGUCCUGCUUGGAUGAACUCUAUCUUGUUCUUCUCAAAACAUAAAAACUGUUUGGAAAUCAAAAUGUACUCUGCUCUUUUAUUACAUUGUCUGCAUCAAGUAUUAUUGGGUCAUUGCUUAGUGAAAUUGGUUUCAACUGAAAAUUAAUUCUACUCAAUUUAACUUGAAUCCAUACAAUUAAAAUUUUUUAUUUAGGAAAAUAUUUGAUAAACUUAUGAGUGUAUUUUUAUGUCAUUAUUGAUUGUAUAUUUUGCUUUAAAUGUUUCAUCAUGUAACUUUUAUUCGUUUGUUGCUUAUUUCUGGACAAAUGCUCCUUUGUAUAACUACCUAAUUAUUCAUUAGAAAUCUAUUGUUCAAUCCUUAGGAGGUUCGUUAGUCUGAUUGUUUAAGUUCAUUAUACAGUGUUCUAUUAGUACACAAAAUUGAAUCGAAUCACUACCUCUUCUUAUUACUAGUAUGUAGAAAUAUUUGGAAUGAAUAUGGUGAAUUGAUAUUUCAUGUGGAAGGUUAUUCCAGGUGUCAGAAAAGUUUGAGAGAUGUGUCACUGUUAAUAUUUAAUAAAAAAUAAUACCUCUUGACGCUAACUAUUUUUGACUGUUUCCGACCCUAAGAGAGUGCCAAAAAAUUUUAAAAAUAAUUCUUUUCACUAUGAUUAAGGUGUGUAGUUAAUGUUGGAAUCUAUUUUUUUUUAAUAUGGGUCUUUGUAGUUUGUACUAGCAUUGUCAUACGCUAUUUGCAUGAAACAAUUAAGUUAGUCAGUACUUCAACUUAAUUCAUAAUUUGGUGCAAUGAAGCGAAUCCUAUUAAAUUGAUCGCAAUAUAUUGAACUGUCUAAAUGUAAAUGAAAUUCUACAUUACGUUAAAGUAUUGUUUGUUUUUGGCUUGCAUUUAAUAAUCUAUUUAAUUCUAUUGUGAACUAAUACGUGUUUGUUUUUGAAUCUGUAUUAGAUUUCUUUAGUUUAGCAUCUCAUUAAUAUCAAUAUGAUUUAUAAGUUUUUGUUUGUUGCUGCAUUUGUGGCAUUGGCAUCUGCAUCGCAUUUAUUAAUUUAUUUAAUUCUAUUGUGAACUAAUACGUGUUUGUUUUUGAAUCUGUAUUAGA